GCCGGCUCUAGUUGGGGCUCCCACUCUGGGACUACGUUUGCGAUUGUGUAUAUAAGGCCCCAUGCAGGGCGUGCGUCCCGCGCAUAGUGCAAAAAGCUCUACUCGCGUUCACUUCGCAUCCGCUCGCCGCAUUCCCGUCCGCACCCGGAGUAGUGUCCAGUCACUCGUCACUCGUCCCGAUUUCCCGCAAGAGAGCAAGCAACAGCAUGUGGUCGAAAAUUGCCAUCGCCGGAGCCCUGCUCGUGAUGGGUGGCGUCCUGUCCUCCAGCGUGGUGGACAACUUCGCCUACGUGGAUCGCUCGCUGCCGGUGGCCAUGCCCAAGGCAAAGGCCUUCCAAGUGAAACAGGAGUGAGGAUCCCAGGAGGAGGGGGUUUUCUCAAGUGGAUCCCGACUGGCUGUGUCGAUUAGGCAGUUCCUGGAGCAGGAACCCCGUGCUCUUCACUCGGCAGCUGGGAUAUCUACUGGCCAGCCGGCUACUCUGGCUUGUGUUUGAGCUACAAGUUGACCACAAGUGGGAAAUAGUUGGUGCAGGUCAUCAAGUCGAUGCACCCGCUGGGAAGCCACCUCCUUGCCCAUAGGAACAAUUCGAGCACUAAACUUUAAUUUAGAUAUAUUUUUUUUUUUGUUAACUUAAUGUGACUAAUUUAAGGAGUUCCCUAUGCGUAAGCAAUAAAUAAGUUAAACUUGACUGUCAAACG